AGUGUCCGGCGAUUCAUCAAUUUCGGGUUUCAGGUUUUGCGGAAACCGGGGGUUUUGAGUCUUUCUUUUUAAUUUUUGAGAGGGGAUUUUUUUUUUGGUUAGAUUGAGAGGACACCCACGUGGUUCGGGAGGGCCGGAAAAGACGGGAAAUUUUUUGAAUUCCGAAUGAGCGACAUCUCCCGUUGAAUUCCCGAAUUUUUAACAUUUUGAUUCAGAUGAUCGAUUUUAUGCUGUCGGUACUGAGUUACCGGUCAUUUCGUGAAGUUUCAGGUUGUGAUGCAAGUGUUUGAUUGAAGUAUCGAGAAUGUGGUGCAGUUCGCCAGACUUUAAAGAGAGCGAUUAAUCAGCGAAUAAAGUUGGGGUUCUAAUAAUUCCGGUCUAUACACAUUUCGAAAUACCUGCAGAUUUACGUAAUUGAAGGCUGAUCAUCAAUUAUCCAGGAUGUCUGUGGUCUCCACUCGUUCCACCAGCCUCUCGUCGAUCCUGACGACUUCCGGCCACCGCGCAAAACAACGAGAAAAAUGGUCCAGAGUAGUUUUCGUUCCCCCCAAGGACCUGAAGAAGACUCUCGUGAAUUACGAGACCGGUGCGGACAGAAAGAGCUACGAUGCCCUCAUCUGCAUGAUCCGAGAUGCUGACAUAGGUGAUAACGAUUUGAUUGAUCUAUUAAAUGAGAUUCGUCAGUGUAUUUCUUUCUUGGGACCGAAUCACAAGCUCCUGGUGGAGGUUAUCCUCAAUAUCUCCUGGACCACCAGGUGUGAGGAAGCCGCUGAGGCAUACAAAUCCUUCUUGGAGGAUCUCGUGUGCGUUCACAUUUAUCACUGCAAAAUUGUCAUCGAGAGGCUCGUCACCGAGUUCAAACCGUUGGAACGUUCCACCUCUCGCCUCCAAGCCACCCCCUGGGAGAACAGCAUCCCCUCGCCAGAGGACUCAACACGUCUGACUCACCUCCACAAUGUCCUAUCAAAAAUCCUGAAAAUCGUGCCAAUGUCUUCAAAUCUUCUCCUGCAGUCCCUCACCACACGAUUCCCCUUCUUCAAGGCCCCAACCCACAACCACGAAGUGUACAUUCACUCUCUCCUCCACAUAAUCUCCUACGCCCCUGACUUACGAGGUGAAAUUCUCUCCCUGAUAAUCAACCGCCUCCUGGUGAUCGACGUGAACGCCCCACGAUCAGAGAUCGAAGAGUACAACGAUGAGAACGACGAGGACGAGGAGGUGUUUAAGAUCGACGAGGCAGGAAUUGAAAAAUCGAGAAAAGAGGAGGUCCACCCGAUAGGUCACACCCUGGACGUGUGCAUGGGAAUGAUUUUGAAAUUUGUCGAGGAGACGUGUUAUCCUGGAGGUGUCCUAGAUCCUGAGGGAGUCAAGGGUAUUUAUUUUCAUCUUCUCGAUGUGUUUGAGAAAAAUAUUCUCCCCACGUAUGCCAGCCACCACGUGCAGUUCAUUUGGUUCUACUUGUGCAGCUUCAAGAGAUCCAUUGUGGAGGCAUUCGUCAACUGGCUGUGGGGAAGAGUCAGCAGUCCUAAUGUUGCACCAGUGCUGAGACAAUCCGCUGUGUGCUAUUUGGCUAGUUUAGUGGCUAGGGGUAGUUUUGUCCCUAUCAGUCUCAUCACGAGGGUCAUCGAGGAGAUGUCAACGUGGAUUCACAGUUACAUAUCAACUCAGGACAGUCUAGAAUGUGCUAACAGUGAUGUAAGAAUUCACACGGUCUUCUAUGCUAUUUGUCAGGCGUUAUUUUAUGUGAUUGCCUUUAGGCACAAGGACCUAGUGGAUGUCAAGAAAAAUCUGCUGUUCCUCCAGAGUCUCAAUCUCACUAAAAUGGUCACGUGUAAACUCAAUCCCCUCAGGAUGUGUGUACCUGUUGUUGUACAACAUUUUGCAGCUGUCACGAGGACCUAUCAGCUUGCCUAUUGUUAUACUGUCAUGGAGCACAAUGCCAGGUCGAAUCUUCCAGUUGUUGAGACGUCUAAUCGUCUCACCGCGUGGUUAGACACUUUUUUUCCUUUUGAUCCGUACGUUUUACCCAACAGCUCAAGCAGAAUAAGUCCGAUUUACCUGCAGUACCGGGGCACUCUCAAUCUCGAUGCUGAGGAGAAGCUGGAGAAACUGGAGGAGGAGAAUGACGAGGACGAUUUCAUGGAUGUGUCAUUUUCUCACAGUGAUACCAAGAAUCAUCUGGACAAAUUUUCGUACAGCACAUCCCCAGGAUUUAUUCACCACUGAGGAUGGCAGAUUGCGAUCAAUCGGUUUGAUCGAUCUCGUUGCGUAAUUAAUUUUCAGGAUUAAUUGUUCCCAGGGGAUAAGAAUGAGAAAAAUCUCAUUGGAGUGGUGAGGAAAUUAAUAAUUGGCGAGUCAUCAAUUAUUUUUCGGCAGUAACUGCAAUUAUGACAAUUAUUCUAGAGAUCAUUGCCGAUAUUCGUGAGUGCAAUUAAUGAAGAGUAUUGCAUAUUUAUUACGGAUAUAUGAAUGUAGAGUAUUUAAUACCGAUUGUCAUGAAUAAAUGAAUUU